GAAAAAACGUGGCCGCGUGGCGUCACUUUUUCUCUCUUGCCGGUUGUUUUCUGAACGUGAACUUGCGAGGGGAUUAAUUGAUUGGCUUUGUAUCUCUCUAUUUCUUCUUCUCAGGCUGUUCUCAAUACUGCAACAUAUACUUUAUUUUAAUAUAUUUGAAAGAGAGAAAAAAAAACGAGAGACGCGCGAAGACAAGAGAAGAAAAAAAACAGAGCAAACUCAAAAUGGCUGCGCCAAACACUCUCAAGGGUGCCAUCCAUGGCCAACCAAAUGCUACGGCCGUCAUAAUACCUACCGCAAAGCCUGGAGGCGCGUUCCUUACCGUGACGUAUGCUGGGCUCGUCGCUGAGGUGUCCAAGUUCCAGGCCAAGCUCGCCGCCAUCGGCAUCACCCAAGGGUCCGCCGUGUCCAUUGCCACGGUCAACUCGUACGAGUUCAUCGUGUCGUUCCUGGCGGCAAGCUGGCAGCGUGGCAUCGCCGCACCCCUGAACCCAAACUACAAGCAGGACGAGUUUGAGUUCUACAUCGAAGAUGUCAAGUCCGCCAUCGUGCUGGUGCCUCGCGGUGCGUUUGCCGCUGGCAGCCCUGCCGUCAAGGCCGCCAAGCGCUUUAAUGCUGCUGUUGCAGAGUGCUACUGGGACGCCCAGAAGGCAGAGGUUGCACUAGAUGUCAAGGACUUGGGCCAGCUGAAGGGCAGAGGCGGACAAAAGGUUCUCGAGCCUCAGCCCGAGGACACUGCUCUUGUGCUGCACACCAGUGGAACAACAUCUCGGCCCAAGGUGGUCCCCUUGUCACACCGUAACCUAACGAGGACCAUGGACAACAUCAAAAACACCUACCAACUGACUCCGGCGGACAGAACCAUGCUCGUCAUGCCGCUCUUCCACGUCCACGGCCUCCUGUGCGGCCUCCUGGCACCUUUUUACACAGGAGGCUCCAUGGUGGUCCCAACCAAGUUCUCCGCCUCGGACUUCUGGCGCGACUUUGUGCAGCACGGCGCAAACUGGUACACAGCCGUGCCCACUAUCCACCAGAUCCUGCUCAAGAACCCGGCGCCAAGCCCCCUGCCCAAGAUCCGCUUCAUCCGCUCCUGCUCCUCACCGCUCUCCCCGACCGUCUUCUCACAGCUCGAGGAGAAGUUCGGCGCGCCCGUACUCGAGGCCUACGCCAUGACGGAGGCGGCGCACCAGAUGACGUCGAACCCGCUCCCCCCGGCCAAGAGAAAGCCGGGCAGCGUCGGCAUCGGCCAGGGCGUCGAGGUGCGCAUCCUGGACGGCGAUGGUAACGAGCUGCCGCGCGGUGUCGAGGGCGAGAUCUGCAUCAGGGGCGAGAACGUCACGAGCGGCUACCUCAACAACGCCGAGGCCAACGCAAGCGCCUUCACCAAGGGAGGCUUCUUCCGCACCGGCGACCAAGGCAAGAUAGACCCCGAGGACGGCUACGUCACCAUCACGGGCCGCAUCAAGGAGCUCAUCAACAAAGCCGGCGAGAAGAUCUCGCCCAUCGAGCUCGACAACGUCCUCACCCGCCACGAAGCCGUCUCCGAGGCCGUCAGCUUUGCCGUUCCGAGCGAGCUCUACGGCCAGGACGUCGGCGUGGCCGUCGUGCUCAAGCCCGGAGCCAAGCUCGGGAAGGAUGAGCUGCGCGAGUGGGUUGCAGCCAGGCUGGCCAAGUUCAAGGUUCCCGAGAAGAUCUAUUACACGGAAAUUAUGCCCAAAACGGCCACGGGCAAGAUUCAGCGCCGCAUAGUCGCCGAGACGAUGCAGAAGCAAGACAACAAGGCUAAGCUGUGAGAUCAAUAUGUGUUUCUUCAUUUUCGAUUUGUCAGCUCUUGUUUCUGGUUUUUUUUUUUGUUUACCUUUUGUUUUUCUUUUUCGGAACCGACGUAGCGUAGAACACGUGGGUCCGCCGUAUGUCAUAGAUUGCUGGACGCAUAGACUUGUAUAGAAUAUACACCCCUCAAAAAGUACAUUUCAAAUUUGCCGUUUUUGCUUUGG